UUGGCAGCGUCUGUGGUGGUGUGUGUUUCUGUCUCACCGCUGAGGACCUCGCGUUCCGCCGUGUCUGGAGCGCAGAAGAAAAGCGACCGAGAGAGAAGACGCGGCGAGAAGAGAAGGCCGGGCGAGCGUGCCGCGCAUGUCGAAGAAGACGUGCUUUCCCCGGAACGUCCCAGCUUUCGAAAGCCCCGAAGGCAAGACGUCAGUACCGGUAAUUGGCGCAGGACCGUUCGAAAGCGGCAGCAUCUGGUGUGACUCCUGUUGUUGCCCGCCGCACAGAAACGUGGUUGUCUCGGCAGCGUCACUACCGCCCUGUGUGCGCGGCUGCGCGGUCGUCGUCUCUAGUGUGGUCGCAGCGUUGACCGUUCCAACGCUGCUGUGAUACGUAGCCGUGCUGUGGUUUCGUCCUCACGGUCCAAGGUUCGUUGCUGUGCUGAAGCCAGUGAACGCCCGGGAGCGGCGUGAGCCUAGGCUGUCCGCGCGAAAGUGGACGACGAAGACGUCUGACAGACGCGGCCCGCUCGUGACAAGAUGCGUGCGGUGCCAAGCUUACACUCACUAGGACACAGGCGACUCUGCAAGUCUUUGGUGAUGACGUCGCGCUGCUGCGACGCUCCUGCAGUGUGGCACUGACCACAGUUGGUCUGCGAUGAUUCUGUUAUUCGCGGCGCUGCUCUUCGCGGUGCCGCCGCCUAUUGGCCUGGCGCCUACGGGCUCCAAGCCACCUGGCGUGCUCUGGUACGGCUACAGUGUUCGGACUGGUGCUGCUGACAUACGAGUGGAUGACGUGGCCCAAGUGGCGCCUCCGAACAGCAGGACCACGCGCUACACCAGUGCCAUCGCUCAUGGCGGUGCCCUUUCUCGGGUGGACGUCGCACUGGGAACUCCUCACGGUAGCGUUGUCUACUACAACGACAAUCCUCCCGCCGAUGUGGCGGCGAGAUUAUUCAGCCCGAACUAUCCCGGCGGUGUACCACCGCUUGUGCCAUUUCCACAAGGCUACGUGCAGUCGUUCGGCCCGGACGGUCCACCGGUGCCGACGCAGCGUUUCAUCGGCCAAGUGGACCACUCUGAGCGGCCACUCCCAAUCUCUAGUCUCGGACCCCGGAUUGGUGCUCGUGCCCUGCCCUCAGUCCCACUCGUUGCACAGGGUGCAGAGGAUAGACCGCCGCAUCAGCCACCGUUCUCAGCCAUUGUGAGAUCGCGACCCGUGCUGUCCCAACCGGUGGGACCAGUUGUUCAGUCGCACUCCCCGCUGCAUUCACCACACCAGAAUCAGCCUCAGUUCACCACAAAUAAAGCUGCUGUCAUCACGUUAGUCGUUACACCUGGCUCCUCGCCUGCACUUGGGACAACUCAGGGAGUGGAAGCGGCUGAGGUGAUCAACGCACGCCUGAGACAACCUCAGUUGCAUGCGCCUUUCCGACUGCUGAGCAGGAAAUCCCAAGUUCUGUCUCAUCAGACGAACGUGAGAUAGAAUCCAGUGGCAAAUUACCAGAAAGCGACGUUCAGGAUUCUGGAGUAAACUACGAAGAAGAACAAAAUCGUUAAGCAUCUCAGAGGAAAUCACGACCGAUUGUCAUCCACCGUUGCGUCCGUUGGCUUACAGACAUCUCAGAGUCAAGACACGUCUUCCGUGGUAAAGAAUCAAAUCAAGACCCCCGUCGUUCUGAACAACGGCAGGGGUCAGUAUGAUUUUCGUGGCUAUGAACAGUUCGAAGGUCAACCCGGCGCCGAGGAGACCCCAGAGGCGCCGGAAGAUUCGCGUACGAGUAAAAAAUACCGACACAACUUCCGGGUAUCCUAGCGGCGAGUCUGCGGACGGAACAAACGCAGCCGCAAAGAAGUGGGGCGCGUCGUGGAUCGCGACGACCGUCGCUUACAAAGAGAAUCACUUUGUCAAGAACGCGCCGGCCUGCCCGAGGCGGAGUGCCUACUGACAAGGGCUACGAAGUUGACAGGGACCAGCACUCUCGAGAACCAGCUACGACGAGUGCAGCCAUUCCGACGUGCAGCCGCCGGGGACAAUCAGUAAAUUCGAAGGCGUACAUAGGUCCAGCAUUUAAGGAAGCUCAACGGAACAGUCGUGUUCGAGUGAACAAAGUAAAGCCAGUAAAAAGCAGGUUCAUUUGCCGCCCAUCGAUUCGUUCGAUGAGGAGUACGACCAUGAUUACGAGCAUGCAGCUGGUCAGCGAGCAUCAAAUAUAUCGCUUACGCAGCACACUAAUGAUAGGUCACUACUUCGCUCCUUCAUUCCGAAAAUGGAAGCUAAAUCGCCCUUUUCCACUAGGCCAAAUUACCAAAAGCCCAGUGAAAAGGACUCAGUCACUGCGGCUCCCAGUAGCUCUAAAGAGAAAAACGAUUGGAGCAAGAAGGCUGACAAUAGCUCUGAAAUAAAAAUCGGCAAUUCGGGAACGGAUGGGAACGUAAAACAAGAGGUGGACAUUGAAGCUGAAGCAGAUAAGCAGAAAUCUAGGGUUCUCAGCAUUGCCUUAGGUGAGCCAGCAACAGUUGUAGGUGUCAAUCACGAACAAAAAUGUUCCAAGGACCUCCUUGAUUUCUGAGAAAAACGGAACGGUCACGUCAUCAGGUCCCGAUAAACCAGCGCGAGUUUUGAACAUAUACUUGAAUUCUGUAGUGAAGCCAAGCGUACAGCUGCGCGACGCGAACGAUGCUCCGACCACAACAGUAGCGCCAGUUAAUGUGCGAGAUGAUAAUUUGUUAAAUAAAGAAAGUCUUCUUGGUCCAUCUGAUUUGGUUUUGCGGCCACAGUUUAAUUCUUCUGUUCAAAAAGCUAAAAAUUUGCUUGCCACAUUUACGAGGAGCCAGAAAGAACAAAACAAAGUUAAUCAAACAUCCCGUAAUCUAGUUUACUCUGGCUCAACGCCAAGUACUAAAACAUCUGCGGUGAGAAGUGUGAAAAAGGAUCAGUCAGAAAACAAACAAAGUCAAGCUACUCAAAAUGAAAUGGUUGUGUUCCCAUCUAUGACUCGAGUGCCAUCUAAGACACUGCGAUUGAUUACGGUCAAAAAGACGCCCAUCAUAAAGACAGAAACCAUCUCUUCAUCAGUGGCAGCGUCUCCAGUAUUGGCAUCUGCUUGUUGCUCAUCUCUGAAGGCAAGUUUUUCUGUGACAGGCUUCACAACGCACAAUAUUGAAGCGCUUUCACCAACGCAAUCACCAAAACAAGAAGUGCCUCCGGUCGAGUUGACCGCGCUCACUAUGAAGGCACCUCCAACAUCGCAAAGUUUCAAUAUAUUAUCCUCUUUUAGUAGUGCUCCUAGCCGAGAUUCUACUUGGUCGGUCAUUGAUGACAUCGAUAAAUCAAAGUCGGGAUCUGAAGCAUCGUCUCUAUACACCUCAUUUAAACCAACUCCAACACUAAAGCCAGCGCAAACGUUUACGACCCGCAAUUUCGACAAUUACGAGUUUCCGACUUGCCAAAAUACCUGCUUUUGGAGUCUCGUGCAGCACAGCAAAUUGAUGUCUUCCAUCGGAAACAUCGUCACGACGUCGCCAAGAGGCACAGAUGUCAGCUCAACUCCUGUCGUACGCGUAUUGAGCAGCACGAUUAUCACCGGUGACUUGCUGAGUCCUACGCUCGCAAAUCAAGCUAGUGCACGUGCACCCAAAGGCAAACGAGAGAAAACUGGAAGCGAAGGUCAUCGGUCGGUUGGUAGCCGGACUCAGAAUGGCUCUUCUUCUGCCUCCUCCAACUCUGCAAACAAAACCGCAACACUGCAGCAAUCUUUGGAACGUCUAGGGAAAUCUGACCAAUCAUCUGACCUAGGUACAGAGGAGUCCAGGAACUUCUCCAGCACUGCUUCACUACCACGCUCGCGUACGAGACCUCGCGACGGCAAGAAGCGCCAUUCGAAGGAAUCCACCAAUCUCAGCAGUGAGCGUCUAUCAUCGGAUGUAAGGCAAAUUCUAGGCACUGACUUCUCGCUUUUUGGUCUACCAACUCCUUCACUUUCACCUUCGUUGAGCUCUAUGAGUGUUAUGAAAGGCACUCCUUCACGCGAACCAGUAGAUACUGACGUGCUUUCACCAACACCAUCCCUUCCUGCUUUCGUAUCUGCGCCCGAGUUGUUAACGUCUAGGUCCGGGAAAAAACCUAAUGUUACGCGUAGGGAAGCCUCCUCGUGUUGUCGAAGUCAAAACGCACUUCUACGGUAAGCAGCGCAACGAAUUGGACAAGGGCUGGCAAUAAACAAAGCACUCUGCACGAAAAUUCCCCGAUGACCGCAGUCUUGCCGUCGCUCUCACUCUCUCGAAUUGAGACUUCUCGUGCCACCAAAAGCCGCCGAAUUAUUCAAAAUGGAUACACCUCAGAAUGGAGGACCGUCAAGAAGGUUCCCUCAAAAAAGAACAACGCUCAUAACGGCACGACUACUUCGACCACCAAAACUUCCGUUACGUCGGUGUACGCUACGCAGCUUUACGAACUCAAAGAAACACCACGUUUACCAGAUAAUACGGCUCUGUCUGACUUAAGCGAAAGACAAAGGGCGUCGAUGAAGACAAAAAGCAUUGCCAACGCAACAUCAAGCAGUAAGACCUCACGCACGUCAUCCACAAAAACUUCGUCACGUUUAGGUAGAACGAAGACAUCCUCGAAGUCUUCCUCUUCUUCUCAUUCAACAACGCUCAGUACAAGGUACGUGACAUCUACUGUGCAACUAUCGAAACCUAACCGUGCCGUGCUGUCAACGAGCACUGUUAGCGUCUCUACAUCUGCCACCUAUCUGUCACCAUCCCCGAGGCCUUCGCUAGGUGCCGACAGAGUUCCUAAAGACAAAGUCGCCGCCACUCCCACAAGAGCACUUCCUACACAGGAAUACAACGAUAAGUCGCGCAAGCUUCAGCCUCUUUCUGUCACUGAUUAUUUCAUGACCCCCAGGUCACCAUCACCGUCGUACACACGCACCUCAUCUCUCCCGGCCACCCCUCUGACGUUCGGUUGCGGCUGGCACCGACUACAACGACGACACUGCCAAGAUCCGUCUCGGCGACAAGACAGGCAACAUUAGAAAAAUCAUUUUCCGGCAACAAUGAUCACGCAUAUGCCGAAGAUGAAGACGCUUACCUCCUCGAUGGCGGAUCAUACACCGCUACGCCCGCGUAAUGAGAGCUCUUCACAAAGUGACGUCAUUGGAAAUCAUUUACUCGAGCGAGCCGAGGACUCUGCAACGAUCACCCGAAAAAAACCCACGAAAAGCCUUCACGAUGAAGACCCGGGCUCACGUAAUCAACACGUGUCCCUGCCGGCGGCGGCCAUUCCCAUAGGUGCGACAGGAAACUCUAGCUACAAUUCCGACGUGUCUGACGACGAGCUUUCUGUGGAAGGACCCACAGCGCCUGACCCAACCAACGAGGCAACGGGACGCGAAUUCUCACGUCCCAUGCCUCUGUGGCCUUUCCUGGCACCGCUGUUGCUUUUGCUCUUCUGCCACCUGCUGUGUGGUGCUUAUUACGGCCUGAGAAACUACCGCCGCCACCAAUGCCACCACCACCACCACCCCCAAUGCCACCUACAUUCCACAGCUGGGGACAUCCAUCAUAUUAAUAUUAUAGUCUUCCUCUGUCCUUGUCUAUAUUUUUGCGCUGUUUUUACUUUCCAAGUCCCAACCUUCAUAAUAAAUAACAUGUGAAGAAAGGAGUGUAAAUGAUCCAAGAGUAGCCUGUUUUUAUUGUUUGAAUACUAGAUUAUAUCAAUUGCUCACUUAACCAUGAGUCGAUGCGCGUCCAAUGCGGGGAAAUGUCCAUGAACUGUCAUCAUGCGCAACGUAUGCACUGUUUGUGCUUUCAACGAAGAAGUACAGGAGAAACAAUGAAUGGCACAAAUAUUGCUAAAGCAGUGAACCUUAGAGAAGAGAGUGAGUAAAAUAUUGAUUCUUUUCCAUGGGUAUGGCUUACUUUAGAAACAGUAUUCGAGCAACGGAGUCCUCAAGAGUAAACACCACGAGAACGGGACUUCAAACAAAAAAGUGCUGGCGAUUACAUGUCCUCUUGUGUAGAGGUUAUCUCAUGAAGCAUCUUUCGUUCAGGUUAUGGUGGUUACCUAAACUCGUGAUGUCCUUCUGUACCCUUGCCUAGCUUGCUCUUUUUCUGCUCAACAGUCAGUGUUGAAUGAUUGGUUGUCCUCUUUCCUUCGUGCCAACAGAAUAAAUAUCUUGGUACAAUACAAGUGCUGAAAAGAAUUUAAUGUUAUGUCAAAACAUCUUAUCUAAGAGUGUACAGUUCAUUUCGACAUUCCUAUUUGUUCAGAUGCCCAAAUGUCUGCUGCAAGCUGUUCAAACGUUUGUGUAUUUACCUAGAUGCCUUGUUUACAGCACAGUGGCUAUUGUCGCGAAAAUUUAGUACUCAGCUUUCCGACAAGGAAGAAAACUUCGUUUAUGUUUUUUUGUUUUUGAUGAAUCUUGCAUCGCUGACUAUCUAUUACGAGUUUGUUCUCAGAAGCUUGAUAUGAUAUUUCAAAUCAUGAUGUCUAAAACAUCUGACAUUACCAAAAGUAUGCAAAAACAUUACAUAAUCACUUGCAAAAAACAUCUGCUUUGAAGUUUAGAACCAUGGCAAGGAGCUUCAAAAACUUUGCAUAAUAUUUCUUUUUGUAGAUGUCGUCACGUUCUUUCGAAGAAAAUCUGCAAAAGUGGGAAUUUUUUAGUAGCUUCAGUAGUCAUAAUCGUGCAAGAAACUGAAUAACAUUUUAUCAGUACAUAAUGUUCUCAUUAUCGCGAUCAUAUUUACUGCAUCUGUUACCAUCGCUGCAUUGUUUCUGUAAGCUUGUUUUUUUUCUGAUAGCUUAAACGAUUAAUAACAGUUCUAACAACGUGUAGCCUGCUCGUUGUACAGCCAUACUCUAGUGCCAAUUUGCCUUCUCUGGUCAUGUAUUAUGUGUUUAUUUUACUUCACAUUUCGUAAGCCAUCACCUUGCGAUUUAGAAAUAAGACAUGUGCCAUUUUUCGCGCACGUGAGUUCGUGUGUUAGAAAUGGUUGGUGCAUACGCUCUUUCUUGUGUAGACUUCUCACGGACUAUUGUAAGCGUUGCUUUCUCUUACUGAAUACAAGCUACACGUGUUCUCAGUACUGUAUCUUUUAUGCCUCUCGAGCGGGAAGUUUGUCACACUUGACACUUUGUACCACUUACGUUACUGCUAGGUUCUACGCAUGUACUUCUGCUUUUUGAGUAACCCAAAUUCUUCACAUUUCAGGUAUUCAUUGCAAGUGUCUUCAUUUUGACGAUAUUAACGGUUGAGAGGUUUCAUUGACAUUGAUGCAUCAUCUUUUACCUGUGGGACUCUUUGUAAGAGCGUUGUUCGAAUGAUUUUUGUGUGUUGUACAUACAGACAACGUAGGCGUUUGUGUUGCGCAUAUAUUGUGUAAUAAAUCCGGUGAAACAAA